AUGGUGACAGUCAAUGAUGCAUCGACUCCAGCGGCCCAGACCCCGACCAGCCUUCCAUCGGGGAAUUUGGAUGAGCUCAAGAAGCUGGUGAUCGCCACAUUGGAGAAGAAUGGCGCUCUGGGAGAUCUACGGGCCCAGCUGAGAUACAAAGCGAUCGAGUCGGACGAUUAUGUGAAUCAAAAGAAUCCAGGAGCUAAGCUCCUCAGUGAGAACCCCAAUGGUGCAUUGGUGGCUGAGCUUGUCGCGGAGUUCUUGGAAUUCUACCACCUAACGCACACCCUUAGGAUCUACGUGCCCGAAUUGAACCUCCCUCGGUUCCGCCUGUCUCGUCGGGAGUUAGAGCAAGAAUGUGGUCUGAGGACUCAGACGGAUCCAUCGCAAACACUCCUACAGCAUCUAGUCGCUGUAGCUUUGAAUACGUCUACUUGUGGAAGUCCGAUGAUGGAAACGUCAUUGCCCGCUGCUGACUCUGACUUGGCCUCGCCUAAGCCAUACGAGCCCUUCGUCACGAAGUCCCCAUCUGUCUCCCCCGACCGUUCGAUAGGCCAGGAUAAGGUCGUGAAGGGUGGGGUGGGAGAGCAUUUCUCGGCGAACUACGCCCCUCGAUCGAUGCCAAACACCAUAGGAGGAGAACUCCCCUCGAGCCUGCAGGAUGCACAACCAUCGAUCGAGCACCCGCCCGUGCACGUAUUUGGGGGGUCCCUCACUGUGAUGGGGGAAGGCUCGACACACGCUGACUCCCUGUUGUCUACGGACGGGCAGAUCGGCCAGCCGAGGGCUCCUCCCCCGUCCACUACCGAUGGGGACGAAGCUAGCGUUGCUAGCUCGGGGAGGGACAUGGUCCUUAUGGAGAUGUUGGCUGACUCGCACUGUUGUUGUUACUUUGAUCAGAUGUCCCCACUCAGUAGUCUAAGACCGCCGGGGAAGGCAGGCCUGCCCGUCCCCCACUGGGGUGAUGACUUGGGCGUGGAUCGAACGAUGUCCCCGGGUAGUGGUGGCAGUGGAAGUCCGCCAUCUAGGACCGAACAAGGCUUCAAGUCCCAUGGGAACAGCUUGCUCGGGGAUCUACCACCGCUGAAGUCUCGGCCUGGAAUGCGCGGCUCUCCCGUAUGGUUGUGCUUCGUUAUGGUUCCUCAUAGUAGGUCGUAUGCUGACUAG